AUGCUGAUCCGGAAUAUGCAGCAUCUAGGUUUAAGUCGGUUCGGCAGGAGGUCUUUGACAGGUGGUGUGGGCGUCGAAGGGUUAAGCUCGACUCUGAACGACCCCAGUCCUGGACACGCUUCUAGCUGGGCUUGGCAUUUCAGGCUUUGGCGACAGGAGUCUUCUUGGGUUGAACUUGCGGUGGGUGGGCGUGGGAGUGCCGUGCUUCCUCCUACGGCUUCGACUCGAGCAGGAAACCAACUUCCACCGGCACUCACCAUGGUCUUCCAACCCAAGAACAUCAUCGUCAUCGGCGGAGAAGGUUUCCUCGGCCACAACCUCGUCCUCACCCUCCACCGGACCUACCCAGACUCAGCCAUCAGCUCGCUCGACCUGACGAAGCGCUUCCCGGACUGCGAGGACGAAGGCGCGAGAGGCGAUGGCAGCCAAGCCAAGGAGCGUGCCAACUCCCAUCGAUUCAUCCAGGCCGACCUCACCUCGCUCGACUCUCUCCUCGCGGCAUUCGACCAAGCCAAGCCAGAACUCGUCUUCCACACCGCCUCGCCCUGGGCGGGCAGCUCCCUGGAGAUCUGCGAAAAGGUCAACAUCCAGGGUACCCUCAACACUAUCGCCGCCUGUCAGAAAUUCGCCGUGCAGAGACUCGUCUACACUUCCAGUGCCGGCGUCGUCUUCAAUGGCUCCGAUCUCAUCAACGUCGACGAACGUCUCCCGUUCCCUAAGAUCGGAUGUGACCAUUACAAUACGAGCAAAGCCAAGGCCGAAACCAUCGUCUUGGAAGCUAAUGGGAAAGAUUCCCUACUCACCUGUGCCAUCCGACCCGCUGGUAUCUUCGGGCCUGGCGAUCGGCAAGCGAUCCCGGGGCUGAUCGAAGUCCUAAAGACCCGGAAACAUGGAAUCCAGAUCGGGGCGAACACGAAUUUAUUCGAUUGGACGUAUGUGGACAACGUGGUCCAUGCACACAUCCUAGCGGCGGAGAAGCUGGAUCGGAUAGUUCCACUGAGCGAGUUCACGACGAGCCUGUCGCCGAUCAGCAAGACGGCGGAGCGCCGGAAUCUGCUGACGAGUGGACGGAAGGCAGAGGAGGAUGACUCGAGCAUGGGGUCGACGGACGAGGUGUCGCUGGUGGAUCUGUCGACGUCGAGCAAGGAGGGGGGCGAGAGCUACAGCCCGACGGGCUGGAUCCAGGGGCACGAGGCCUUGGUCGACCGGCCCGUGCCCGCCAAACGCCAUCGCUGGGACCAAUGGGCCCCCAUCUCCACCCAGAUCAACUACCCCGACGACCAGCUCGGUGUAGCCGGGGAGGCCUUCUUCGUCACCGGUGGCGAGCCCGUCUUCUUCUGGGACUUUGCAAGGGCCGUCUGGCACCAAUACGCCGCCCGUUCCCCGCACGCUAAGGCGCUCAAGCUCGACCCCAAACCCCGCUACACUAUCGUCAUCCCUACCUUCCUCGCCCUCUUCCUCGCCUCCCUCGCUCAACUCUUCGCUAAACUCACCAACUCCACCACCCUCUUCACCCCCGAAAAAGUCAGAUAUACCUGCGCUUCAAAGUACCACAACAUCGAAAAGGCUAGAGUCGUCCUCGGCUAUGAGCCCAUCGUCGGCAUGGAUGAAGGCAUCCAAAAAGCUGUCCAGUCGUAUAUAGACAAUGAAUCACUGACUCAAGGCAAUACCUCCGAUAAGAAAAACAACUGA